CGCGCCUUUUAGAGUUCUUUGGAUUUUACUCGUUUAACUUAAAAUUUUAGAAGAAUUAUUAAAAUCAUUGUGAUUAAAGCAGUGAAUAAUAAAUACAAAAUAAUUAAGAAUGGUGGGCACGCCUAAGGGUGCACGCCAAAUCGGGCAAUUUAAAGUUCCGGGGCCGCCUCGUGCACAAAAUCAACAGCCACUACCGGAGUUUCCGCUGCAGGAUGCCGAUGACGCUGAUAACUCUGUCAACGUCUUGGACGAUGCCCUGAUUUUAGAUGAUGAGGAAGGUGGAACUCGUAUUGGGGAUAUCUAUAUUCCACCGCCAGUUCCGGCGCACUGCUCUAUGGAGAGCACGGGACCGCGUUUGAUAAUCAAGCGCAUUGUGAAUCACAAUUUCAAAAGUUACGCAGGCCAAGUGAUUCUGGGUCCGUUUCAUCAUUCCUUUACUGCCAUUAUUGGUCCAAAUGGCAGUGGCAAGAGUAAUGUUAUCGAUUCAAUGAUGUUUGUUUUUGGCUGUCGCGCCAAUCGCAUUCGCUGCAAGAAGGUCUCGACACUUAUUCAUCAGUCGGCAAAGUAUCCCAAUUUGCGAAGCUGUGCAGUAGCCGUGCAUUUUGAGCAGGUGGUGGAUAAGGACGAUGGUACAUGUGAUACCGUGCCGAAUUCACAGUUCGUGGUGGAACGCACUGCUAUGAGGGAUAAUACAUCCUAUUAUCAGCUCAAUGGAAAACGCGUGCAACUAAAAGAGGUGGCCCAGCUACUCAAAAAGCAUAACGUGGACUUGGAGCACAAUCGUUUUCUUAUAUUGCAGGGUGAAGUUGAAUCUAUAGCGAUGAUGAAACCGAAAGGUCAGAAUGAAAACGAAUCGGGCAUGCUGGAGUAUCUCGAGGAUAUAGUGGGUACAGAGCGUUACAUACGCUCACUGCAGCAGAUAAACCAUCGUGUGGAUCAACUUACUGACGAGCGCACAGAUAAGCACAAUCGUUGCAAACUGGCGGAGCGUGAAAUGAAAGACUUGGAACAACCAUACAACGAGGCUGUAGAAUUCCUGCGCACAGAGAACGACUUUGUGCGCACCAAAAACUGGGUGACUCAAAAGUACAUUAGUUUAAAGAAACAAAAGCUGGAGGAGCACACCCAGGAUCACGAAAAGCAUGUUGCAGACUUGAAAGAACACGACGAGGGCACAGCGGCUAUUAAAAGUGAACGCGCUGAAAAGGAGAAGAUUAUAAAAGAAGAAGUAGAGGCUUAUGAAUUGCUAUGCAAAACCCGAGACGACCUCAAGAAGAAACAGGCGGGUGAGGAGCGUAGCUACAAUGAAAUUCAAAGCGCCAUGGAGGAUACAAAUAAGCAGCGCAAAAAGGAUAAGGCACAGAUCGAGAAAAAUGAGAAAGAAUUGGAAAACUUACACAAAUUGCCGGAGAAAAAUGAAAAAGAAAUUGAAGAAUGUCAAACAAAAUUGGAGCGCCUGGAGAAGGAAAAAACAAAAUUGAAUGAGGAUUUGGAGCAAAAGCUCGCCGAAAUGAAAGAAAAAACCGAACCGUUAACAGAGAAACGCCUUAAAUGUAGCGAUGAACUGGUCGGCCUCAAGGAAGAAGUCAAUGCUGCAAAGGCAGAGCUACAGGUUCACCAAUCUGAGCUAAAUAUGCUGAAGCAAGUGGAGACGAUAGAGAGGCGGAAAUACGCGUGUUUCGUUGAAUCCUAUGAAGAGUCGGAACGCGGUCUGGAGGCAAAACAAGCUCAACUCAAAGAAUUAUCACAACGCAUGCCCGAUAUAAAAGCAGAAAUAGAAAAAAAGAACGCAGAACUAGAUAAAUAUGGCAAGGAAGAACGUGUGUUAUCGGCCAAGUGCGCAAAGCUGCGUGAAGAGAUCAAUGAACGCUCCUCAAACAUGCAAAUGCAACGUUCUAACAACAAAGUGCUAGACUUUUUAAUGCGCCAAAAAAUGGAAGGUAAAAUACCAGGCAUACUUGGACGUUUGGGAAAUUUGGGUGGCAUUAAUGCCAAAUAUGAUAUUGCAAUAUCAACGGCCUGCGGUCGAUUGGACAACAUUGUGGUGGACCGCUUGGACACAGCACAAGCGGCCAUUGCGGCCCUGAAGCAAUAUAACGUGGGUCGUGCCUCGUUUAUAGCACUGGAGAAGCUGGAGCAUCAUGCUUAUCCUAUUAAUACGCCGGAGAACGUGCCACGUCUCUACGAUCUUGUUGAAAUCGAAGAUGAACGUGUUCGUCCAGCAUUCUACUUCGCCCUCGGAAACACACUGGUGGCUAACGAUCUUGAGCAAGGCUCACGCAUCGCCUAUGGACGGGUACGAUUCCGUGUGGUAACCCUACGUGGUGAGAUUAUUGAACAGACGGGCACCAUGUCCGGUGGUGGCAAUCGUCCCAUUUGCGGGAAAAUGGGCACCCAAGUGCAGACGAAGACGAGCGAGUCAGCCAACAGUUCACAAAUCUCCCAAAAGGCGCUAGAGGAAAUGCAAAUACAGGCUGAAGAACUACAGUCUCGCAUCAAUUACUGUCAGGAGCAGCAAGGGCGGCUAGAACGGGAACUGCAGCAAUUGCAAGUGACGCUCCAACGCAGCGAGUCUGAACAGAAACAUCUAAGCGUGAGCAUUAAGUCUCUGGAGCAGCAGAUGUCCAGCAGCCUAAAACAGUGUGAGCAGCAGAAAAGACGCAUGGAGAACAUAACCACCAAUGCAGGAGCGAUAAAAGCCCGUGAAGCUCAAAUUACUGAGGCACAAAAGCGUCUCGAUAAGGUUUCCGAAAAAGAAAUGGCCAUGAGCGAUCAGAUUGAGAAAAUUCAGCAAGAAUAUGACAACCUUCGCAAUGAGAAUGUAAAACCAGUGGAGGCUAAAAUCAAGAAAGUUAGCAAUCAGAUUGAAAAACUCGCUGCAAAUAUACGAUCUUUGAAUGUGGCGCUGAGCACUGCUGAACGCAACAUUGAACGGAUUAACAAGAACACAAACAAUUUGAAGGAAAACAUCAAGACGGCGGAGGACAAAUUGCGCGAACUGAACGAACAGCGUCAAAAAUGUUUGGAAUGUAAGGAGUUCCUCGAAACGCGUUUCAAAGAAGCAGAGGAGGGCAUCAAAAAUGCAAAGUCCCAGUCUUCCGAAAUAAAAAAGGAUAUUGAUAAACUCAAUGAACAGGAAAAGGAGCGUAAUCUGCAGCGGGUAGAAAUUGAAACAAAAGUCCAAGAGGUAGUCGUCAAAAUUAACGAAGUCAAGUCGGAAAUACCAUACUGGAUAGCUCAAUUAAAGCCCUUAACACUGCACGAUAUACCCGGCGACACAGAACCGCAGCCACCACUUAAAACAUAUACUGAGGAAGAGCUCUGUUCGGAGAAUCUCAAGGCUAUGCAAUACAAACAAUCUAUACUCGAGGAGCAGUUGAAGAAAAAGCCCAAUUUGCAAGUCAUCAGUGAGUUUUGUGAUAAACGCGAUAAGUAUUUAGAGCGAGUCCAGGUGCUCGAGGAUAUAACGUCUAAACGUAAUGAGAUGCGCGACAAAUACGAGGAGGUUCGCAAGCGACGCUAUACAGAAUUUAUGGAGGGCUUUAACAUCAUAACGCGCAAGCUGAAGGAAAUGUACCAAAUGAUUACUUUAGGUGGCGAUGCUGAACUCGAGCUAGUGGAUUCGAUGGAUCCCUUUACGGAGGGAGUCGCAUUUAGUGUGCGUCCACCGAAAAAGACCUGGAAGAACAUCUCCAAUCUGUCGGGUGGUGAGAAGACACUUUCGUCACUAGCUUUGGUAUUUGCUUUGCACUAUUAUAAACCCUCGCCUCUAUACUUUAUGGAUGAAAUCGACGCAGCAUUGGAUUUCAAAAAUGUCUCAAUCGUGGGUCAUUACAUAAAGGAACGCACUAAGAACGCUCAGUUCAUCAUUGUUUCGCUUCGAGUAAAUAUGUUUGAGCUUUCCAAUUAUAUUGUGGGCAUAUAUAAAGUAAACGAUUGCACGCAGUCCAUAACCAUGCGAAAUUAUCAAGUGGAGCAGCCACAAUCGCAGCUCCCACAAACACAGCUUUCUGUAUCACAACUACCCUCGUACCAGUUUCCAUUAACACAACAGUUGCUUUCUUCACAACUGCCUCAAUCAUCAGCAGCGACAUCAGUCUUUCAAAAUACAUUGGUCCAGGAGGAUAUGCUCUCCAGUCAAACUACAUUUGAGACCGAGACUAGUUCAACCACAUGUGGCAGGGAAUUAACUUUUGCGCCUACACUUGAAAGCACCGUAGUCUCACAUCGUAUCACAUCAUCACUAUUAAAUGUGAACGAUAACAUUGGAUCUACUCAGAAUUAAAAUAGUUCAACACAAUUGCAAUAUUUUACGAAUUUUUUUUUAUAGUAUAAUUAUGAAUAAAGUACAUUAAACUCUUUAAAUAAGAUAAGAUCCGGACGGAAUAUAUGUAUGUACAUCGACUUUUGUUGCUAAAUUUAAAUAAAAAUGUAAUUAAAUAAAUUGACAAAGUAAAAACCGGGUAAUUGUUGCUGCUAAAUAUGUAAACGUGCGCUUAUUGACGGUGUAGGGUUUGUAUAGAAUUGGGUCCGGCAUUCUUGGCCGUUAUUUAUUUAUGUACAUACAUACAUAGGCCGGUGUUUUGGCACUCACCAACAACUGAAUUUGACAAAGAGUUCA